GAAUCAGUGGUAUGACGAUUAUUGCGUCACAACCAUGCGACCAAUGAUGACGGUGAAGCACGAAGGGGCAGUGUCUAGAGCUGUCCCCGCCCACAUCAUGUGAUGGGGAGAGGACGCUAGUGGCGCGCAGGUAUAAAAGCAGAACUGGUGCCGGCCCUGCGGAAUGGCUGUGAGGGAGGAGGCGGUUGCUCGGUGAAUCUGCUGACAGGAUUAUACCCCCAAAGUCUCCCAUUCUGCAGUACCAGACUGUGCAGGGGCAGAACAUGGACUCACACAGAAUUAUCAGUGCAGCGCUCCCCAGAAUGAGGAUGCACCCCCCUAAGGCAGCCAGAUACUAUGGAUAAAGGCCAAGCACAACUAUCAGUGAGGAUGCUGUGAGGGAGAGAAUGCUUCUGUAUAAUGCUUCUUACUUCUGUAUUAUACAGGGAGGCUGAGGGGGAAGUCUGGGUAUCGUGCAAGAUUCCUGGAAAGCCCACGAUACGCGGCAGCCUGACGUCAAAGGGAAUAAGUUCUGAUGAGGUUCCGGAAGUGACCGCCUCCGAGGAGUUUGUUGUGCAGGAAGUCACCAAGAAUAGAAUCCCUGUUUCCUGCCCCGGGGAGAAUAUUUCCUGCACAUUUCUGUCUCCUUAUGCAAGUUUCUCCCACAUCCAUGAAAAAAACGUCAGCUACUUGGACAUCUCCAGCGGAGGGGACCUGGGAGUCUCCAGCAGCACAGAUCAGACCUUUAAGGUGUGGGAGACCCAUAAUACAGAAGUAAAGAGCGUGCUGGAAGGUCACACUAGGGACGUCUUUUCCUGCAAGUUCUUCCCUUCGGGGCAGGAGGUGCUGAGCGGCGGGUUGGAUUCGCUGGUGAAGGUCUGGUCCGUGAAUGAUGGAAGCUGCUUAGCGACGAUGAAAGGACACAGAGGAAGUAUCCUGGACAUAGCUGUUGUGGCCGAUGGACAGAAUGUCAUUUCCUCGGGGCAGGACGGCACGGCUCGGUUAUGGGACUCUGCCCAAGGCGCCUGCAUAGCUGUGGUCGAUGACUCCUACUCUCCUAUCAACGCCAUCGCUGUGGCCGAGGUUGGAAACGCAGUCAAUCUGGGCUCUCCCAAGGAAACUCCUAGUAACAGGGAAGUAGGAACAGAAGGCAAGCUGGUGGUACUGGCCCGAGAGGAUAAGUCAUUGGAGGGAGUGAGCCUGCACAGCCGCCAAUCAGUUUUCGAUUUUGAAGGUUCUGAUGCUUUUAACUGCUGCACCUUUAUCUCCAGUGUGGGGGUCCUGGCUGGGGGCCUCGAUGGGAACAUAAUCCAUGUAGAUAUCAGGAACCCAAAAAGCGCAGUAGAAACCGUUUCCUGGUCAGAAACCCCCGUGUUGUCAUUGGUGCCCUUCAGAGACACCUACGUUGCCAGUUAUGGUAAUGGAACCUGCUAUAUCCCCUUGAAGGGUUCUGAACAAGUUCUGCAACUCACUGGGCCUAAUAGACAACCCGUGUUCCAGGUGGCGGCAUGGAAGAAGCUUGUGUACACGUGCUGCAGGGACGGAUUCAUCCGCAAAUAUGAAAUCCCAGAUCUGGGAUAGAUUUGUGCAGAACUUACACCUUCUGUAUUACUAACCUGCCCCCAUGUUUCCUCCGACCAAAGGGCAAGUCUUCCCUUGUAGUUGGGAAAUGCCAUUUUGUAUUUAUAGGGUGAGUGUAACAGCCAGGUAGUUUCUAUCAUAUAGUGAGAUGCAUAUAUGUGUUUGGUAUAUUGUGAGCACAGACAUUACUUCCCUGCGUAUUUGUACUAAACAUAUGAGAGGGAGCUGCCAUAUUGUUUCCCUUACCUGUACAUGUAUAAAGGUGUUUAUAUACAUAGAA